AUGGCAAUCCAGAAGAAGGACCUGCAAAUGUCUCAGGAGUGGCAGGCUUGGCAGCAGCAGAAGCAUUCCUGCGAUCUUCAACAUCAGGCUGAGGUGCUUCAGCUGAGAUACGAGGCCAACCUCCUCAGUGAGCAGGAGACCUGGCAGACGAUGGAAAACUCUUCCCAGAGCCUCCAAAGGCAGCAGGCGGAGCGAGCACGCGAGUGGGAGAUGCGGGACCUUGCAGCCUCAGUGGAGACGGAGCGGUUUUUGUCCACGGAGCUGCGGGCUCAGUCGCGGAGUUCGGAGACCUCGAAGCUCCGGCUGCUGCAGGAGCUGAGCGCUCGCCUGGCGGGUCGGGAGCUGGAGAUCUUAGCCCUCGAAGGCUCGGAGGAUGCCCUGGAGAAGGCGCAAGGCCUGGCUCAGGCCUUGCAGGCCCGGCUCUCCACGGAGGAGGCGCAGCUGCAGGAAGCCCGGAGCCAGGCGCAUCAGGCGCAAGAGGCAGCCAACGCGGAGCGCGUGGUGGAGGCCCGGGCGGAAGCCGAGACCUCGAAGGCGGAGGCGGCGGAGGCGCGGCUCCAGGCGGCCGAGGCGCAGCUCCAGACUGAGCUCCGUGAGGCGCUGUGCCGUGCCGAGGAGCAGCGGGAGCAGGCGCAAGAUGCGCAGAGAGCCUUGCAGGAGCUUGCCGCCGAGGCUGCAGCAGAAGGUCGGGCACGGGAGCUGGCGCUGGAGAAGCGCCUGGAAGACUUGCAGAUGCAGCUGGAGGAGCUGAAGGCAGCCCAGGCGCCUCAGAUGUCUCCGCUCCCUGUGCCUGAAGUCAGUUCCGACUAUGUUGCGACAGCCCCAGCGGACGAGCUCGACCAGGCUCUGGAGGCGGAAAUCCGGACUUUGGGCCCCGGCUGCCUGCAAGGCCACGUUCUCAAGAGGACCGGUCCCAAGAUUUACAAGCUGGGGGAGGACCGAGUGAGAAUGCAGCUCUCUGACUCCGUCCUCACGGUGCGCGUGGGCACUAGCUGGGUGCCCCUUGCGCGAUGGGUUCGGGAGCUCCCGGCGCCGGGUGAGCAGGGCCCCGAGGAUCAGUUCCAAGCCCUUGACGCCUCCUCGCCUUUCGCUGGGGUGUACCCGCUGCCCCAGCCCGCGUGGAAGGAGGAGUCCUUGCCGCAGCACGCUAGCCAGCCGCCGAAACCGGAAGCGGCCUCCACACAGGUCAAGCCGCCAGUGAUCCAGCCCCCCACGCCGGACAAGCCAUUCUACAACAGCGAAG